AUGAAGUCAAGCAAGUCCAGCAAAAGCAAGUCGAAGAGUAGCGGUGGUGGUGGUGGCGGUGGAGGAAGUAGUCCAUGGAGCGAUUGGAUCUGGUCGCCCGAACAUGGAAAAUACUACAUGUACUGCAUGAAGAAUGGUCAGCCGAAAUAUCACUGGCAAGAAACACAGGUCACUCUACAACAACCUGUCGAAACGAUCCCACGCGAGCAGCCAAAUGUUGAGGAGAUGACCAACGGUUUUGACAACCUGUCAACAUCCACUUCUACAACAGACGGCGAUUAUAGCUACGCCCCGCAAGGCGAUGACGGGAAUAAUACGUCUUAUACGUAUCCAACUUCGACAACAUCAUACGACAACUCGAGUCGUUCAAGGAAGGGCAAGGAGACGGCGUACGAGUCACAGCCGCAUGAUGGGGAAGAUAGUCCACCCGCGGAUCCAGCCCCGCCUUUGGACCCUUUCUGGGGUGCCAAGCAGGAGGCUCCCCAGGGUUAUGUGUCGGACCCAGCUGCGCAUCAGGAUCAAGAUUUUUUACCCCCUCAAAAUAGUACAGAAAGCAUGUACCAUGAACAUGAUGUGUACACGGCAGCCCAUGAUUCAGGUGCAACCGCUCAUAGUCAAGAUUCUGGUUACGGGACGACAGACACAGAUGACUACGACAACGCAAUCCUACAGGAAGCUUUGGCAGAGACAUAUGGAAAAGAGAGUCAAGGCGGGCCAUCAACAGAGCCAGCGUACGGAGCAUACGCAGAUAGUGAAGAUGACGGCACGCGAACACCAACAGGGCCAACACCCCCUGUGUCUCAUACUACAUCUUUUGCUGAGCCCAGUCGCAUCAGUGGAACAUUCGGCACCAACGAGGAUUUAGAUCCACGCUACGUUGUCGAACCGUCACACAAGUUUCGUCCUGGAUCGAUCUUCAAAGUUCUGUGGUGUGAGCCGUCGGGCACAAGCCUCGGAGGGACACCGACCAUAUCAGAUCGAAAACCAAUUCAAGAUCGUUAUGGCGGUUCUCUCUUCGUCGGCUUCCGCCGCUUUGUCGUUGUUGCCAAUGACGAAGGUCAUUGUACCUGCGUACCUAUCCUCACGUACCAAGGCAAGGCCUGUAAAAAGAAGGGCGUGAAAGCUCACAAGCACGGUAUGGUAUAUCACAACAAGCCCCACCGGCCACUACAGAAUGAGCCAGAGCUCGGAUUCGCUCCCGUGCGAGCGAAACUCACCGUCGAUGGAGAAAAACUUGAUAAAGCUUCUCGUGUCAACUACUCGAAGCUUGUGACUAUUGAACACAAUGUCAAGGUCUUCUUCAUUGGUCACAUCAGCCCUGAUGCUUUGGACGACUUUGCGGAUGCUGUCGACACAUGCUGGGAAAGGAAGACGCACUCGCAUCGUAGGUCGAAGAGAUAA